GGCUCCUGGAAAGUUGUCUUCACUUCCGGGCCGCGGUCUAGGGCGGCUACGUGUGUUGCCAUAGCGACUAUUUUGCGUUAACUGGUUGGUAGCUUCUAUCCUAGGGGCUGAGCGACUGCGGGCCAGCUCUUCCCUUAUUCCUUCUCGGCUCCUUGUGGCCCAAAGGCCUAACCGGGGUCCGGCGGUCUGGCCUAGGAAUCUUCCCCGUUGCCCCUUUGGGGCGGGAUGGCUGCGGAAGAAGAGGACGAGGUGGAGUGGGUGGUGGAGAGCAUCGCGGGGUUCCUGCGAGGCCCAGACUGGUCCAUCCCCAUCUUGGACUUUGUGGAACAGAAAUGUGAAGUUUUUGAUGAUGAAGAAGAAAGCAAAUUGACCUAUACAGAGAUUCAUCAGGAAUACAAAGAACUAGUUGAAAAGCUGUUAGAAGGUUACCUCAAAGAAAUUGGAAUUAAUGAAGAUCAAUUUCAAGAAGCAUGCACUUCUCCUCUUGCAAAGACCCAUACAUCACAGGCCAUUUUGCAACCUGUGUUGGCAGCAGAAGAUUUUACUAUCUUUAAAGCAAUGAUGGUCCAGAAAAACAUUGAAAUGCAGCUGCAAGCCAUUCGAAUAAUUCAAGAGAGAAAUGGUGUAUUACCUGACUGCUUAACCGAUGGCUCUGAUGUGGUCAGUGACCUUGAACAGGAAGAGAUGAAAAUCCUGAGGGAAGUUCUUAGAAAAUCAAAAGAGGAAUAUGACCAGGAAGAAGAAAGGAAGAGGAAAAAACAGUUAUCAGAGGCUAAAACAGAAGAGCCCACAGUGCAUUCCAGUGAAGCUGCAAUAAUGAAUAAUUCCCAAGGGGAUGGUGAACAUUUUGCACACCCACCCUCAGAAGUUAAAGUGCAUUUUGCUAAUCAGUCAAUAGAACCUUUGGGAAGAAAAGUGGAAAAAUCUGAAACUUCCUCCCUCCCACAAAAAGGCCUGAAGAUUCCUGGCUUAGAGCACGCGAGCAUUGAAGGACCAAUAGCAAAUUUAUCAGUACUUGGAACAGAAGAACUUCGCCAACGAGAACACUAUCUCAAGCAGAAGAGAGAUAAGUUGAUGUCCAUGAGAAAGGAUAUGACGACUAAACAGAUACAAAAUAUGGAGCAGAAAGGAAAACCCACUGGGGAGGUGGAGGAAAUGACAGAGAAACCAGAAAUGACAGCAGAGGAGAAGCAAACAUUACUAAAGAGGAGAUUGCUUGCAGAGAAACUCAAAGAAGAAGUUAUUAAUAAGUAAUAAUUAAGAACAAUUUAACAAAAUGGAAGUUCAAAUUGUCUUAAAAAUAAAUUAUUUAGUCCUUA